AUGGAUUUUGAGGAGAAUUAUGCUCUUGUAGCAAGAAUGGAAGCUAUCAGAAUUUUUUUGACUUUUGCAACACAGAAGGAUUUAAGAGCCUAUCAAAUGGAUGUGAAAACAAGCAGAAAGAUCAGGCGACUCGUUGAGAAGGUUGAAAAGCAUGUAGCCUCCACGCUUUUUGUUGCUUUUUUGCACCAACUGCAGCAGCAUGUGGCAAAUCAGCAAGUGCUUGAGCAGAUUAGAGAGAAGGUGGAUUGUCUUAAUCUGUGUACUUCAGCACUUGCCGGUGCAUCAGAAGAUCUCUUUCCAUCCCCUUCUUCAGCCUCUCCUAACAAGAAGUAUAUUGAGGAGGCACUUGUUGUUGGACAAGAUUCUGCAUUAAUAAGACGUGUGGAGCUGAUUCAUUCACAGCAGCACAAAAGUCUGUCUCGUUUCGGUCUAGUUGGGAAGGGCGGGGCCGGUAAGACUCUACUACUCAAACGAGUCUUCAACAGUGACCAGUUACAGAGUCUCUUUUGCAAUGACUUGAUGCUUUGGCUUACUGUUUCACAAACUCCAUCGUUUAGCGCUCUCAGAAAUCAUCUUGUGAAACAAAUAGCUUUUAAAGUAAGGGAAAGAUUGUACAGUAGAGAGGAAGAACAUUUCGAAACUUGGUUGAAUGAAUGUAUGAGGAAACACAAGUUUGCAUUGGUUCUAGAUGAUGUUUGGGAAACGAGUGCAACUUCGUUGUUAGAGGAGCCGUGUGUGCCUCACUUUCCACACCACAAUUCCAAUAUCAUCAUUGCCUCUUCCAGAACUAUUACUGUGCUCUCACAGUUGGGUGUUCCACCUUUAUUAGUCAUCCAAAUGCAAGACUUGAGUGAGGAUCACAGCUGGAGAUUAUUUUCGUCCCAUGCUUUCUUACACAGCGAGGGAGCUUUGCCUAUGAGCAUCGACCAAGAAAUAGCGAGGCGUGUAUGCAACGAGUGCGUGGGGGGUCCUCCAUUGGCUCUUAAAGUAGUCGGGCAGGCAAUGGCGGGCAUCACUCGGUCAAAUGAAAGGGACUUGGUAGUCAACAGAUUGCAGAGUGAUGCUACAAACUCGCUCUACGGCAAGUUGAGACUAAGCUACGAUGCUUUGGCCGACGUGGCUGGCUGUGGCAUUGCUUUGCAGCUGUGCUUUCUAUGCAUCGCUGCCUACCCAGAAGACAAUAUCAUAUCUCCUACAUAUGCUACUGCCUACUGGAUUGGAGAAGGAUUGGUAACCGGUCCGAAACCUUUCCAAAUUGGAGAGAUGUACAUUAAUUUGUUAGUUGACCGAUGCCUUAUUGAACCAGUGAAGAAGAAUUACGAGUGA